GCGGCACCGCCGGGAGCGCCAGCCCAGCUCCGCGCAGCUCAGCCCUGCUCGCAGCUCUGCCCUCAGGCUCUGCCCUCAGGCUCUACCCGCAGCUCUUUCCGCAGCCCGGCGUCGGCUCCCGUCUCCUCGCUCCGGACAUGGCCCGCGCCCCGCUGCUGCCCGCGCUCCUGCUGGCCGCGCAGCUCUGCGCCUCGGCGCACACUCCCCCGCCUCAGCCCCCGCCGUGGCGCUGCGCGCCCUGCCCGGCCGAGAAGCUGGCGCUGUGCUCGCCGGUGCCCGCCUCGUGCCCCGAGCUCGCCCGGCCGGCGGGCUGCGGCUGCUGCCCCAUGUGCGCCCUGCAGCUCGGCGCCUCCUGCGGCGUGGCCACUGCGCGCUGCGCCCGCGGGCUCACCUGCCGCCCCCCUCCCGGGGAGCCGCGGCCCCUGAGGGCCCUCACCCGCGGCCAAGGGCUCUGCAUGCGAGAGGCCGACGCCCUGGCCAGCGCCGAGACCACAGACAAAACUGAGCCUGCUGUGGAGAGCUCAACCCUGGGCAGCCCCGAGGUGGCCCAGGAUCAGCCCCUGCACACUGCCCUGCCGGCCACUCCCUCGGCCGAGGACCUGUCCAUUCUCUGGAAUGCCGUGAACAAUUAUGAGAACAUCCGGGCCCGCGGGAUCACCAACAUCGAGAAGUGGAAGGAACCCUGCCGACAAGAACUCUAUAAAGUGCUGGACAGACUAGCCAAGGAGCAACAGAAGAUUGGCGAAGAUCUUCACAAGUUUUAUUUGCCCAACUGCAACAAGAAUGGACUCUAUCACACUAAACAGUGUGAGACAUCUCUAGACGGAGAGCCAGUCCUCUGCUGGUGCGUUUACCCUUGGAGCGGGAAGAGGAUUCGGGGGUCAGUGGAGACCACCGGGGACCCCAACUGCCAUCAGUACUUCAACUCACGGCACUGAAAGCAGAUGCAAGCUUCUGUAUUCCUUCACAUGAAAUAUUUAAGUAUAUAGUAUAUUUAUACUCUUGAACACGUACACACAUAUAUAUGUAUAUGUAUAUUUAUAUAUGGGACCACUUUUUUAUACUGCACAUAUUACUUGAUAUAUAAAGCUGUAGCUAUUUAUUCACUCAAGUUUAUUGUUUUUUUCCCACAUAGUAACUGGCAUGAUAUUCAUGUGUAUCAUGAGACACUGCAUCUUGUCAUCUGUAAAUACUUGGAUUUGAGUUCUUAAAGGCUUUUCUCCUCCUUACAAUGGGCAGAAAAUGCGAAAUGCAAUGUUUAGCAGUGAUUUGUUUUUCCCAGGUGGCUUCAUGGUUAUGUGGAUGGUUAUGUGCUUGAGGGUGAUUCUAUCUGUAUGUUCCAGGGACAGGGAAAGUUAAAUGUUGAUUAUGUGAUCAAGCUUUAUGGGGCAAUGUUACUGCAUGUUAAGAUGCACGA